AUGGCGGUGCGCGCUCAGUUUGAAAAUUCCAACGAGAUUGGUGUCUUUUCGACGCUGACCAACUCAUAUGCUCUUGUUGCUCUUGGAGCCAGCGAGAACUUUUACAGCGUCUUCGAGGCCGAACUCCAGGACAUUGUGCCGACGGUGCGCACGACGAUUGCAGGCACGCGGGUCAUCGGACGGCUGACGGCCGGCAACCGCAAGGGCCUCCUGGUCCCGACGACGACGACGGACCAGGAGCUCCAGCACCUGCGCAACUCGCUCCCGGACAGCGUGCGAGUCCAGCGCAUCGAGGAACGCCUGUCGGCUCUGGGAAACGUCAUCGUGGCCAACGACCACAUCGCCCUGAUCCACCCGGACCUGGAGCGCGAGACGGAGGAGAUCAUCGCUGACGUCUUGGGCGUCGAGGUCUUCCGCCAGACCGUGGCCGACAACGUCCUGGUCGGCAGCUACAUGAGCCUGUCCAACCAGGGCGGGCUGGUGCACCCGCAGACGAGCAUCCAGGACCAGGACGAGCUGUCCAGCCUGCUGCAGGUUCCCCUCGUGGCCGGGUCCGUCAACCGCGGCAGCAACGUCGUCGGCGCCGGCAUGGUGGUCAACGACUGGCUCGCCGUUACCGGGCUGGACACGACCGCCACCGAGCUCAGCGUCAUCGAGUCCGUCUUCCGUCUCGGAGAGGGUAUGACGCCUGGUAAUAUCAACUCUAACAUGAAGGAUACUAUUGUCGAGAGUUUCUACUAG